AUGAAGGCCCGGGAGGAUGCCUUCAAGGUUUGCGAUGCCAAGCUGGAGCAGUCGGCAAAGGCGCAGGCCAUUGAGCGUGGCCGACUGGAGGAGCUGGAACAGAAGGUGAAGGCGGAGGAAGCCGAACUUGUUGCGAAGGCGAAGGUUCUGGCUGAGGACCGCACGGCCUUCGCGCUUCUCAAGAAGAGGUCUCUUGUGAGCGGCAUCGGCCCCAUGGCGGAGGAAGAGGCUCGCGUCCUUUCUUCAGCCGCGCUGACGCAUUUCUUCAGCCACCUCCAUCUUCGCGAUCCUGCCGCCCGCCUUGAUGAGCUGCUGGAGCCUGUGGACGACGAGCGCUACGCAGCUACCGCCGCAGCCGUGAGGGGUCAGGCGUCGCUGUUGGCCGCAGCCUCGCAUGUUGCCGUAGUCUCCGGACUAAAGCGGAGACUGGCGGAGGCCGAGGAGGAGCUUGGCCAGGUGAAGAGGCAGCUCCAGGAAAAACAAGGCCUGGCCGAAGCCGAAGGGAAGGCUUUCAAGGAGCAGGCCGCUCGGAAGAUGCUCAAGGCCCGGGUCAACGAGGUCCAACAGGAGCUCCAAGACGAGGUGAAGAAGUGCGAGACCUUGGAGCGCGAUUCGUCGGUUCAAGAGGCCGAACUCGCCAAGGCUCGUCAGAACGUGAAGACGGCCCAGAAUGAGGCCCAGGGCACCCUCCAAGAGAUCCAGAAGACCAGGAAGAUUGCAGCGGGCUCCUCACAGUGGCUAAUAGCUGAAGCUUAA